AUGUCACUCUGUCACUCCUCGGCCCGCCUCCUGACUGCCAGGCAGUCCCUUUCUGGCCUGCAGCCAGCCCAAGCCUCUCGGUUGCUCGUCAGCAUCAGUGUUCGAAGCCAUCGUCCAGGUUUCAAGGCAAGCACACGUAGUCACUUCUUCAGCUCGGUGCCUUUUCACGCCGCCAUGGAGCCGGUCUUCUCCCCCAAGGCCGUCACUCCAAUAGGGCCCUACUCUCAGGCCAUUAAGGCUAACGGCCUGGUUUUCGUCUCCGGACAGAUCCCUGCUGAGACGACGGGCAAGUUGAUCGAAGGUACAAUCGCUGAGAAGACACACAAGAUGUGCCAGAACGCUCGAGCAGUCCUCGAGGCCGCGGGCUCCAGCCUUGACAAGGUCGUCAAGAUUACGGUUUUCUUCCAAAAUAUGGAUGACUUCAAGGAAAUGAAUGACGUGUAUGCCGAAUAUUUCCCCCAUAAGCCGGCUCGCAGCUCCUGCGAGGCCAAGAGGCUUCCGGCUGGGGCGGACAUCGAGAUGGACAUUAUUGCGUUGCAGUAG